AUGUCGUCCUCCCCCCCAUCGGCGUAUCCCGCCUAUCAACCGCCAACCCCCCAAUCCUUUGACCCCAAUACUCCUCCAGCCCCUCCGCCAAAACCGAGCAGUCAAGAGGUCAGCCGUCGUAGCACACCUGCCGGGAAUCAGUCCUUGCCCUCUCCUCCCCCACCGCCACCGCAGGAAACUCUCGGCACUUAUGGUGCUGGUGGGCCCGAAGCGUCUCAGUCCUCCUCGCAACAGGCCCUACGUGAGGUAGCUUAUGCACAGCAGAUCCCCGAUCCGGGGGAGCUCUGGCUACCAAAGGUCUUGGAAGAUAAGUCGAAACAAGAUCUUGCUGAUGUCCUAGCAACACCGGCACUUCUAUCUGCGCUUGCGCACUCUACUUCUACGGCUCACCCCUCAAUUGCUGCGUCGCAGGAACCCCUACACGCUUCUCUGAAAGAGAAUAUCUCUCUUGCGGCGCAUUUGAACGAGCUCGAGCCACGUCUCUCCCAUCUACGCUCAUCGGUCCAGGCCCAGCUUCUGGCGACACAUGCUCUUGAGAGACAAUGGCGGCAGAAACAGUCUGAUAUGGACCGCGCGCUGGCUCCUUUCUCGCCGUCUUCACUUUAUCAGAGGCUGGGUCAGGCUGUUCAAGAGCAAGAGAUGGUUUGUCGGGCCCUGGAGGAAAGCUUUCUCGAAGGCGACGGCACGGCAACGGAGAAGGAAGCGGCUGAUUGGGUGAGGAGGUAUCGGGAAGCAAAGAAACUUUACUACUCAAGACGAGAGCGGAGGGAAAGAUGGGAUGAAGGUCGUGUAGGAGGUUGGAGGUAG